CCAACGGAGAGGGACUGAGACAGAGUGGUGCUCGAUACAGACAGCGUCGCCCGCUCAGAGUGACCAAGACGCAGGCGCCAAUGAGCACGGGGGGGGGUAGAGAGACCACGACACGAACGCUGAACGUCUGGCAGCCACACAGGAGACAAUCGAGGAGGGUGGAACCCUGGUAGAUAGAAAUACAGAGGAGGCAGGAGAGAGUUUGCAUUGUGCAGUUAUAGAGUGAGUGAAAACUCCAAGGUAUUAGCUCUGUUUGGGAAACUUUGGAGACUUUCUACUCCGGCGCAGGGUCAGUCCGGCGGAAGGAGAGGGUGGGCCCCGGCGUCGUGGUAAUCGGGCCGAGCAGCCUCUCCCAGUGGAAUCAACCUCAGCUCAGAAAGGCACCUCGGAGGGAAAAGGGCCUCCAUCGUCUGAUUGGGAAAGGACGGAGACGGGGCACAAAGGCAUGAGCGCGCCGGGAAGCAAUCAGACGCAGGACUGUUACGCUGUGGCUCAGCACUAGGCUGAUUCGUGCUGCGUGGGCAGGCCGUUCCCAGCGAAGGCAAACGAAGAUGACAUUGCGGUACCACGAGCCUUCAGGACCUGUGCUGUAGUUCCCUCAUGUGGGUCAUCUGUGGAGCCACUGGCGUCCUGCUCCUGGUCUCGCUGUCCUGCAACAUCGUCUGCUACGCACAGAGUUACAAACGAGGUAACUCGAGCAAGUUCCUCCCUCAUUUCCGGAGAAGUUUUAGCUUCAAGCCCGAAGAGGUGGAGGACAACCCAGUAUAUGGAAACAUCAACUACUUUUACACAGGAAUGGAGAGAGCUACCACUUCACACUCCAUGGGAAAGGACAGAGAACGCAAGAGACAGAUCUGCUAUGCCAAGCUCGAACUCCCCGCGUCACGAGACCAGCAGGGUCGUAAGCUAAGCAGGACACAAUACACCGACAUCUUGAACAUGUUAACGCGCGGACACGAGGAGCAGCAGGCGGUGGACGGGACCUUGGAUUCUCGGAAGGGUAGCACCCAGAGCAGCACCUUGUCACCCACAUCGAACAGCGAGCUCCUCGACCUCGGGUCAUCGGACCUGUACGCCUCUGUGCGCCUGGGGAGACGGGAGGGGAAAAUCUGUGGGCAGGACUACGCCAACAAAGAGACCCUUAAAGCCCAGUAGCAACAGACAGCAGCACGCACUGCAGACCUGCACUUGGAUGCUGCCCAACCAGACGGGUGCUUCCAGCAUUUUCGGUAUAAUUUCCCCACAGUCUGAUGAAUGAUCUCUUUUACUGAUGUUGGUUCAGGGAUAAAUAACGGUCCUUAAGAUCGCUGGGGAGAGUUCACCCAUUUGCCUGCCUGCCAAAUUCCUUGCACAUGGCACCUGAGAGGGGAGAUGGGGCCUCAGUGUCCACCUUCCAAAAUAUUAGGAUGUCCUGAGACUCCAUCCAAAACUGCCUUCCCCACUGUGUUGUGCUCCCUGAGGUCCAAACCUCCCACAGGAUGGUGCUCCCUUGGGAGCAUGCCACCAGUAGUGUGGUGCUCCCUCACCACCCCUGUUUUUGUAUCAAAACUAUAAAAGUUUACUUACAACACACAGACACAAGAUAACCAAUAUUUACAAGACAGUAGUUACUAUAUGGUCACUACCGUCUAUAAAACAGUCUAGACCACAGGGAGACCACCGCUCACGGAAAUCCCCCAGUGUGCCCGCUACAACCGCGUGCUCCCUCUCCAAGGACAGCCGGGCACGGGCGUAUCCUCGGAAAAGGGGCAGGCAGUCAGCCCGGGCAGCGCCCUCCACCUUCCGCCGUCUAGACCUGUGGAUGCCCUCCUACGAUGUGGCGCACCCUCCCUGCCCCUCCCAGGGUGCGGUGUCCCCCCACUGCCCCUCCCAGAAUGUAGCACUCCCCUCACCGCCCCUACCAGAAUGUAGCACUCCCUCACCACCCCUGCUGCGGCGCUGUGCCGCCUCCCGACCCUCCCAGGGUGCGGUGUCCCCCCACCGCCCCUCCCAGAAUGUAGCACUCCCCUCACCGCCCCUCCCAGAAUGUAGCAUUCCCUCACCACCCCUGCUGCAGCGCUGUGCCGCCUCCCGACCCUCCCAGCAGGAAGCCGAAGGUCAGCAGGCACAGAAAGACACCACCCCCAGCCGGCUCUCCUCAGAGUCACUUGGCGCCCACGUUUGGAGAGACGUCACUGGGUCCGAGUCCUGCAACUUUCCCUCCACCCUCCCCGGAUAGGCAGCAACCUCAGCAGUGACCGAGGCCAAGUGCCUCAAAUAAACAAGAAUGUAAAUACCCUACACAACUUUGUCUCAGCCAGGUUCCCCGGUGUCGUACCGGGAGAAUGGCAUUUCUUAUAAAUCCUUUUUGUGUAUUAUAUCCAAGAAUUUUUAAUAAAGUAUUAACCAAUCUUAAGCUGUUGUUCUCCUGCCCACGACCCUUGUGACACUGUGCGAGUGUGUGCGUGCGGUUGGAAUUUACACCUUCUCCUCUUCUGUGACCGUGCGAGCCUUCGCCUAGAGGCUCACGUGACGCUUUACAGCAGCGGCAAUCACCAAGCGGGCUCCAACUCCCGCUGAUGCCCGUAAGGAGUCUGUUCGUUCUCCCCGUGAUCGCGAGGGUUUCCUCUGGGUGCUACGGUUUCCUCCCAUGUUCCAAUAAUGUACAGGCUAAUGUUAGUGAGUUGCGGGCGUGUUAUCUUGGCGCCAGAAGCAUGGCCCAGCACAACCCUGUUUUGACUUGCUGCAGUUGACACAUUUCACUGCGUCUUACAGGUAAGAUGGCAGCGCACGCGGGCGCAGCGGCCUCUCUGGGUCGAAUCAAAGGUGUGAUUACUCACCCUUUACGUCUGUUCUUUUUUUUAAAAUUGCAACACUGCUGGAUAUUAGCAACAUCCAAUAUUCCACGUCUACCCCAGUAUUGAGUUGCUUGUUAGCGGUGGAGCUGCAUACCGUGUUGCCGCCUGGAGUUAUUGUGUACCAUUGUUGUGCCGAGGUGUUGCGCGCUCCAACAAACGGCGCUAAAGAUUGUUUAGCCAUUUUCAUUGUGAUCACGAGGCUCUGGUGGACACUGGCAAUGCAGAGUACUCUCUACGUCCGGUUCACUGGCGAGACCUACGGCAGGGAGCUGCACCAUCUCAGUUGUUGCCACGGUGUCGCUUGUUGCAGCUGCCCGGGAGAGGGGACACCAGAGGCGGUGUGGGGGAGAGCAGAGGAAUCCAUACUGGGUCAGGGACUGGCAAACACUUCUCAUACAGUUUUUCUUGUGAUCGCAAGAGCCUGGUGACACUACAAACUUCUGCAAGUCCGGUUCAUCGGCUCAGUGGGGUGACUGACAGAGAGGGAGCCGUGUGGCCUCGGUCUCCCAUUGAUUCUGCUCUCAUGCGCUCGCUUCCCGGAAGACAAGCUGGAUUGCCUUCAGCUGUGGGAGAUGAGGAACUGCUGCGUGCUUGUUCUUGCAGGAACAUGGCUCCAGGACGACAUCCCUUGCACCAACAGCCUUCAAGCCAUGACAGUCAGGGACCUGUGCUGAUAUUAUUUUGAGACUGUGUGGUAGGUGUACUGUGUGUAACUGCAUGUACUUUAUUUUGAAAACUGACCCCAGAGGAAUACUAACAACAGGA